AUGUCCACGCCAGCUAAAAGAAGACUUAUGCGUGAUUUUAAGCGUAUGCAACAGGACGCGCCGAGUGGAGUCUCUGCAUCUCCUUUACCAGACAAUGUUAUGAGUUGGAAUGCAGUUAUCAUAGGUCCAGCCGAUACGCCGUUUGAAGAUGGUACAUUUCGAUUAAUCCUACAAUUUGAUGAACAGUAUCCAAACAAACCACCGUCGGUUAAGUUUAUUAGUGAAAUGUUUCACCCAAAUGUUUAUGCAUCAGGCGAAUUGUGUUUGGAUAUUUUGCAAAAUAGAUGGUCGCCCACGUAUGAUGUGUCGAGUAUCUUAACGUCCAUCCAGUCAUUAUUAAACGACCCUAAUAUAAGCUCUCCUGCAAAUGUGGAGGCGGCCAACUUGUAUAAAGAUCAUAGAUCCCAGUAUAUUAAGAGAGUGAGAGAAACAGUGGAAAACAGUUGGAACGAAGAUGAUGAAGAUGAAGACGAAGAUGAGGACGAAGACAUCGAUGACGCUGAGUAA